AUGGCCCUCACAUCGCCAUCUCACUACGACGUCCUCGGCCUCACCCCCACAAUCCUCAGCUCCCAGCCUGACCCCUCCACACUCUUAAAACAGGCCUAUCGCCGAGCUCUUCUGCGGCAUCAUCCAGACAAGGCCGCAUCCUCAUCUACAUCUUCAACAUCAGCCUCUCUACCGUCUCACUCGAGAUCCUCAAACUCUCAGCUCUACACAAUCGACCAAAUCACACAAGCCUUCACAAUCCUCUCAUCACCUCAUCAGCGCAGUACUUACGACGCAGGCCUGCGUCUUUCCAGAGCAAACGCUGGUGAAUCACAGGCCCCUUUUCAGACAGGUAUUGAAAACGUGGAUUUGGAUGAUUUGCCGUUUGACGAAGAGGGCGAGCGUUGGUAUAGAUCCUGUCGCUGCGGCAAUAACCAUGGAUACGCCUUUCAAGAGUCAGAUUUAGAGGAGGUUGAGCACGAAGGGGUACUCAUGGUUGGCUGCCAAGAUUGCAGCCUUUGGCUCAAAGUCCAUUUUGCCGUUGUGGAAGAUGCAUAA